CUCGCUGUAAGACUAGCUCCAGGCAACGGCAACAGGGUCUCUCUUUCCGCCUCCCCACCGCCCCGUUUCUCAUCACUGAGCCCACCGCGCAUGCGUACUCCGGAAGGCGGGGUGGAAUUCCGGAGCCCGGUAGCAGCGUCUGACAGAGCCGCGCAUCCUCCUCCUUCCUUUCCUCCCUCCCUGCCGGCUCAGGGAGACCAAGCGGACGGGCGAGCGCUGAUCGGGGACCCUCCUCCAUCAUCACUGGUGGCGGCGGCGGCCCGGUCCGGCCUAGUUCAGCAGCCCCAGCGCCGAAAUCUCUUCCCUUUUUCGCAUCGCCCCCCCCUUCGCAUCCGAGGACAGACAUUUCCCUUCGCCCCACUCAGCCCGCUCUCUUUCCGCGCCCCCCCUCCGCAGCCCGCUCCUCAUUUCCCCGCUGUUUCUUUCCCCGCUCGCGCCCAUUUUCUUCCCCGCUCGCCCGCCUUCCUCUUCCUCCGCGCCCCACCAUGAGGCUGAAGGGCAGGGGAUGCUGCGCCCCAGGCAGAGGCAACGGCGGCAGAGACGAAGGCGGGGGGGACGAGGAGGAGCUCGGGCCGGCCCCCCCACCGGUGCGGAGCCCCUUCGUGCACCAGCUGCGCUUCAGCGCCCUGCAGAAAUCCAAGAUUGCCUUCAUGACAUUGACUCUGUUCCCCAUCCGGCUGUUCGUUGCCGCUUUUAUGAUGUUGUUGGCCUGGCCUUUUGCAUUCAUCGCUUCAGUGGGAUCUGCUGAGAGAGCACUAGAAAAGCCCCUCUCCUGGUGGCGAAAAGUUGUGGAUGUCUUGCUGAAAGUAAUCAUGAGGACAAUGUGGCUUGCUGGUGGAUUCCACUGGAUAAAUGUGAAAGGCAGGCAGGCGUUGCCCACUGAAGCUGCAAUAUUGACUCUAGCUCCACAUUCCUCAUACUUCGAUGCGAUACCUGUAACGAUGACCAUGGCGUCUAUUGUUAUGAAAGCAGAAAGCAAAGAUAUUCCUGUGUGGGGAACUCUAAUCAAAUACAUUCGACCCGUAUUUGUAUCUCGAUCAGAUCAGGAUUCCCGCAGAAAAACUGUUGAGGAGAUAAAACGACGAGCUCAAUCUAAUGGCAAAUGGCCACAGAUAAUGAUAUUCCCAGAAGGAACUUGCACAAAUCGAUCCUGUCUAAUUACCUUCAAGCCUGGAGCAUUUAUUCCUGGAGUGCCUGUCCAGCCAGUGAUUUUACGUUAUCCAAACAAAUUGGAUACAAUUACAUGGACAUGGCAAGGUCCAGGAGCGUUGAAAAUUCUGUGGCUUACUUUAUGUCAGUUUCAUAAUUUUGUAGAAAUUGAGUUUCUGCCGGUGUAUGUACCCUCUGAAGAAGAAAGGAAAAACCCAUCUUUGUAUGCAAAUAAUGUGAGACGUGUAAUGGCAAAAGCCUUGGGAGUUUCGGUAACAGAUUAUACUUUUGAAGAUUGCCAGCUAGCUUUGGCUGAAGGACAACUCCGACUUCCUUCAAAUACCUGUCUUUUAGAAUUUGCAAAACUUGUGAGGAGCCUUGGGUUAAAGCCUGAGAAACUUGAAAAGGAGCUUGAUGCAUAUUCAGGACAUGCCAAGAGAAUGAAAGGAGGAAGGGUUGGUCUCAAGGAGUUUGCAGAAUACUUGGAAGUUCCAGUUUAUGACACAUUAGAAAACAUGUUUGCACUUUUUGACGAGAAGGAAGAUGGUCUGAUUGAUUUACGAGAAUAUGUUACUGCUUUGUCGGUUUUCUGUAAGCCAUCUAAAACAUUGGAAACAAUACAGUUAGCUUUUAAGAUGUAUCAGUCUGAAGCUGGAACUCUAACAGAAAAAGAUUUAACUUGCAUUCUAAAGACUGCCAUGGGUGUUUCAGAUCUUAAUGUGUCAAGCCUUUUUAGAGCUAUAGAUGAAGAAGAAAGAGGGGAAAUUACAUAUGAUGAUUUCCACAGGUUUACCGAAAUCUGUCCAGACUUCGCAGACGAGUAUCUAUAUUCCGAUCAAAUGGAGACUGAAAGUUGUUUGGAGACUACAGUUCCACCUGCCCCUAAUGGCUUCUGUAUGGACUUCAGCCCAGAAAUUAUUAAAGAUAGAAGAAAUCGCCUGCAGAAGAAACUAAAUUAAUCUUAACUCCACCAUCCUCUUCUGGUGAGAGAGGAAUAUGUCCUGUCUUGGGCUAUUCAUAGUCACACAACGAUAUAACCAGAAGUAUGUAAGGGGUGUGUGUUUCUAUAUCUGCGUGUGUGAGAGGAGACUGUGUGUGUGGAUAUUUUACUGCAUCAAUGAGCAUCUUCCUAUUGGAAAGAUCUUGUUUUUCCAUCAGCAUCUUGGAAAGUAAAGAAUGUAAAUGAACUUUAAUUUGUGUACUUAAAAAAGAUGCUCGUAUAUUUAUAUUCCAUUGUUUAGUUUCAUGUACAAAGUGUCCUACAAAGUGUGCAUGUAUAAAGAAUACUGUAGCUCCUAUGGUGUCAAGUGCACUUCGGUGAUUAGUGUUAUCCCUAUUUAGGGAAUCGUUUUGGGGUCAUGUUCUGCUUGUCUUAUUCAGUGAAGACAGGUCUAAGGACUACUGACUAUUGGCACUGGUCUUCUGAGUAAGGCAAGCUCCAUUUGGCCCUUUUGUUUUCAUUUCAGUAUGUAUUUCAAGGAAAAAUAUGCAAAAAAUAUUUUUAACUACAGAAUUGUUUCUAUUUUAUUUUUUUUUCUUGUAAGAGAAUUUUUCUGUCUUUCAGUCCAUGGUAGUAUCAAAAAAAACCUGAAAGAGAGUUAUUUUUCCCAGGAUUGUGUGCAUUCUGUACUAAAAACUUUAAAAUUCUGCACCAAGGUAAUCUGCACUAAGAAAAGCUGGAUUCCAAGAGCUAUAUAAAUUAGGUAUAUUUGCAUGUUUUGCAUUAUUCUGCUUUUGUUGAGUGUGGGCAAGGGCAAAGAACUAUGUAGGGCUGGAAAUAAUGCCAUUGGUGACUAGAAAUCUAGUUUACUCUUUCCCACCCCUAGCCAAAGAAAGAUUCUGAAAUUUCAUUGCCCGUAUAAUUUCCAGCUAAUCUUCACAGCCUUAAGGGCUAGAAACUUUCAUAUUUUUUAAGAAAAGGCAGUUAAAAAUCUCAGGAUAUAGAAUUCUGCACUAAAUUCUAAUGUCUCUAUUCCUGGGUGUGAUUGCAGAAUACAUACAGUCCUGGCUAUUUCCCUCUCUUUCCUCUCACUGUUUCAUUAUGGUGUCUAGAGGAGGAUAAAUAAACAAGGUGCAUUUUAAAAACUAGCUUCAAUGGAUAUGGCUUAUUUGCACAGAAGCAAAGUAUUGCAUAAUGUAGACUGAACAGGCAUAAAAUAAACCAAGUCAAAGAGCAUUUCUAAAAGGUGUAGUAUGGCAUGAAAUGCCAUCUUUCAAAAGUUUCUUUUCUUUUGACCACUGUGCCCAUUAAGAGGAGAUCUGCACCUAGAGACAUUUCUGUAUAAAUAUGUCUCCUCCUAGAACAGAGUUCAGAUCACAAACUUUUUAAACAGCCUUUUUAGUUGUCCUUAAGCUAUGUUUUUCUGCUUACUUGUUCUUGCAGUCCUGAAUUCACAUAUAAAGAUAGUGUGUGACUUCACCUGCUGAAUACAUUACAGAUAUUUAGUAAGUAAGAUUUCCCCCUAUUUGGUUGGAGGGGACACACUUAUUAUGUCAGUAAAUGCUCUCUCAUCUUGUUGAUCCAUACCUCAUUGUCUACGAAUUCCUUCAUUCUCUCUGCUUUUGACUUCUGUAUGGCACAUUUCACAUCCAAGGACUGCAUACUGCCGAACCCCCACACUGCCUCUCUCUUCCCUUUCCCUGCCAUUCCAUCUUCCAUCCCACAUGCAACUCUCUGGACACAGCCUUCUCCCAGUGGCUCAAAGCAGCCACUCCUAGAUGUGUCUUUUGUCUGGGAACACAAUACCAUGAGGACUGGAACCAUUCUGAUUUUAAACAAAAGAAACUAAACUUUUAAAAAAAGAGAAAGAGAAAUCAGAUUACUUGUUUAUUUGCAUGCCUGCUCCACUUGGAGACAGUCCUAUACAUUGUGCAUAAAAAUAAUGGAGCCAUUCCCUAAAUCUGAACAUGUGCAAAUAGUCUUAUUGAAGCUGAUAAAGGUGGUGUAUUUCAAGAUCAGGACCAAAGAAUAAAGGACACCUUUUUUUGUUAAAAGAGCCGUUAUGAUCACUUCUGCUGCUAGUAGGAACAGCUCUUGAUACAUUUCAGCUUGUUUGUGGGAUAGUGACAUCAAUAUAGAGUCCUACUUGAAGGAAGUAUCACAGCAUUUUUAUACCUCCCAGUGUCAUCUAAAUGAAUUUUAAUGUAGGAUUUUUUUCAUACUUUUCCAGAGCAUAAGGGGUUUUUCAUAUAGUAACUGGGUUGGGGAUGUUAUGCUAUCAAGUUAAAAAAUUGCUAAUCUCUUUUCAGCAAUCUCAAUGUAAGAUUUGAAAGCCAUGUGGAGAUCUAGAUAUCCUCACAUGCCUGUGAGCGUGCAUACACACACACACACACACACACACACACACACACACAUCUGCAAUCCUCCUGAAGGAAGACGUUUGGAAUUUUCACAGGGGAAAUACAUAUCCAGAAUUGGCCAUACUUCUUUUAUUUGAAAAUGUAUGUGCGUAGGAAGGAUAACUGCAGAUGAAGGGUAUAUUCAGUAGGCUCCCUAUGGAGUUAGCCCCAGAAUGAUGCUUAUCCUCCUUUUACCCACUGUGUCAAUUUGGGAUCUAUAGUGAACUUCAUGAUGAUAGCAUGAAUAACCAUUUGCAGAUAUCAGUCGGUGUGAUUUAAGCCAAGAUGUGUUUUGUGUGUGUGUGUAUGUGUGUGUGUGUGUGUGUGAGAGAGAGAGAGAGAGAGAGAGAGAGAACUGCAUAGCCACAGCAAAUAUCAUUUCUUGAACAUGAAGGAUAAAAUGGUCGUUUGCCUAGAGUUUUCUUUAAAUUUUCUUUAAAUUGUGUUGAUUUGAGGCAAUCAUUCAUUGUUCUAGAUAUUUUGUAACUCUAAAAGAGCUGCUACUGCCAUCUUCACCAGCACAUGUUGUCGUAUUUCCUUUCCUCAUAUGUUAUGCUACCUUUCCUCAGCUCUUCCUUCCAAAGAUCUGGUGGUUAAUCUUUUGGGAUGCGUGGUUCCAUUUUGGUUAUCCCUUGGUCUUCAGCCUCUGGAAAGUGGCAAAACACCUUGAGCAUAAUAAACGCCGGCAGUAUGUCAUAGUUGUUGAAUGUUUAGUUCAUGGCACACAGCCUAAGGUGGCUGUUAGAGGCUAAUUUUCUCUUGUGUGAUUGUGUUUCCUUGAAAUCAGACCUUGAACCUUCUAUCUUUUGAUUGUCAGUUAACUAAAAUAAGGAUAAUUUAAAAAUCAUUAAUAAAUAAUGAUGGGGCCACAAGGCCUGUCUCAUUUGAGGAGUUAGUAUUUCCAGGAUUAUUCGUGUGAAAUGACACUUACAGUUUAGAGUCCCAGGAUAGUAGCUCAUCACCGUAGGGUCAGUGUCAGCAACUGGUAGCCUCCUUAAUGCUGCCAUUGCCCCCUUGAUUUCCUCUGGAAUAGGCAAAGAGGUGGUUGUGGAUAAAGAACCAUGUGAGAUGGAGUGGGGCAUGAGGUUUUGGCCUCCAGUGUUCUUGUUAACUAGUUGUGGCCCAGGCCUUUGGCUUUUCCUGGCCCGACAUCUUUCUAUGUAACCUUUCCAAGAAGUCCUUUUUUUCUAUUACUGCUCAUAAGCUUGUAGCAAUAACUACAGCCUAAUUGUCUCCUAAAACUAUCUUUUUCCUCUAGAAAAUAAAGCACUCUUUUGACAGAUAUAAAUAUCUUCAAACCAACUACUCUCUCAUACUGUUCUUUUAUGUUUGCUACUUCAGCUCUUCAGAUUCAGAAUCUAUAACAUUCGAGGUAAAGAAAAUUCAGCUUUAUGUACUGAAAAGCUUCUCUAAUUGAAAAGUUAGGAAAUAACUCAGACCUGAAAAGUUGAACAGAAGCAUGUCAUUCUGUAGUAUGUCAUUCAGUGGGAUUUUCUGGGGUUUUUAAAUAGUAGAACAUGUAUUUGAAAGAAGGAGAACAGUUAUUAAAAUAAUACCUGUAACUAAUUCAGUGUUCCUUAUAGGUUUAUUAAAACUAUUCCAGUAGAGGGUGAAUUGCUGCUACUUUUCUGGAGCUGCAUUCCUUUAUUUCCAUAUGGUUAUCUACUAGGUUUGAUUUCUAAAUCAUGCUACAUGAAGUUGCCUCCCUGCUCUAGCCUUCUUUGUUCUGACCUAAGAUUAGCAAAUCAGUGGAGCUAAACAAACGUAAGGAGGAUUAUCUCGCAAAAUAGAAGGCCUAAAUCUAUUUCCUGCUGUUUCUUUUGAUGCUUGCUGCUUAAAUCUGCAAGUGCCCAGAUAAAGGUGUCAAGGUAGCAGUUCAUGGCAGCAAACUCUAAUACCUGAGGAUUGGAUGGAGCAAUUGUCAUCCUCCUAUGUAAAAAGUUCAAAGUUAGUCUAGGAUGAAUUUCAUAAUGCAGAUUUGAUUUAAAUAGAAGCUCUGAUGUUGGGACCAGUUGUCAGCUAUUGGUGUUGCUUUAAUUUUUCUGACUGGCCGUAGUUUCCCAUUCUUGUCAAGACAAGUUAUAAUAAAUGGAGCGUAAGUAAAAUCUGCAGGAAAUGGGUGUGUGACUUUUCCCUUUUAAUUACACAAGGGUAGGAUCUUUAUUUCUGACAUGAGCAAGGAUAGAUUCCUUUUGGCUUCUCCUUUGAGCCUGAUUUCCCUGGUUCAGUGGAAACAUGUUUAAGAACCGAGGAAAAGGAGAAAAAAUUGUCUUCUCUUAAAAGAGGGUACGUAUAGCUUUUUGACUGCUUGGCUAAUUAUAAAUCUUUUGUUGUAUAUCUUCUCCUUUACACCUCUUCUUGCCACUCAAGAUCUUCAUCCAAAUAUUACUAUCAUAGACCAGUGUUCUCUCUAAUUUUUUUCAUCUGUGUGAGGAAUGAAUUUUGUUCUGGGCAGCAGUAUCAAAGCAGCAUGUGCACACAUGCAUUCAGAAUCGGGCCUUCCUGAUUCAGUCUGAGUGGGAUCUAAAAUUAACUGAGUGGACAUCAAAAAACGUGUGAGCGCAUGCACACACCUUAGGGGGAUCACUGUCACAGACCCCUACCAAGCACACGGGUUUUGUGUAUUCUGCUGUUUGGAUAACCAUUAUUUAUUGAUCUCACUGUGAGCAAUAGGUAAUCCAUGAAAUGCAAGAUUAGUUCAAACUAAAUCAUAGGCUCCUCCUUUUCAAGCUCCUGUGGAUAAAACACUCAGUAUUUAUAGCAUCCUGAAAGAGCUGCUACUCCUUGGCCAGAUCAAAGUCCAGAAAUCAGUCCAACAAAUUUCCUCUUGUAAAGGUUUUGACUUCAGGCUUACUUUAUAACAAAGCCUUUCAUUUCUGAGUCAUGUGGAGUCACAUGACUAAGUGACACACUGAGCAUGAAACUGCAGCAUGAAUUCUUCCCAAUGUGCCCUCUGCAAAACACAUUGCAAGAUGGGACGCUUUUGAAGUUAGGAUGUGUUAGAUUUUAAAUAUACUGCCACACUAAGCCCUGCCUCAAUACUUGCUGCCCCUCUGAAAUCCAGGGAAUUGGGCUUUACUGCAUAGCUCUUAACAUGGCUACAGCUUGCGUAGUAAAUGGUUUUAAAUGGUUACCACAUGUUGCUUGGUCCUCUCUCUCCACCCUUUGUGUCUGAAGGUCAAGUGUUGAACUUGAACUUCAGUAAUGAGCUGCUCUGACUUUCUAAAAUGGCUCAGCUGUUUGUCUCUAGUACCACCAUCUUGAAUGUGCUUUCCCAUGUGUAGUUUUACUUCCCAGCUAUGCUACUCUUUCUCCUUUUCUGUAGGCAUCUUUAUUUUCACUUUUGCUGUUUCAGGAAAUGAGGAACAUUCAUCCCAAGUAUGGGGCUAAUUUGAUUAUUCACUUCUAAGCAUGCAAAGGUUAAGUUAAGGGACUAAGGUCAUCUUUGGAAACUGUGACCAAGAUCCAAGUAGUUUCAUGAUUAUAUCUGGACAUACCCAGUGGAACUUGUGUUUCUUAAAGACCAGUCUUUUCCUACCCAUUGUGACAUGGUAAAUUGCCUUUGAAACUUAGGAGUUUGGGUCAAGACAUGGUGGAAUGUCUUCUGUUCAAAAGGGGAAAGUACAAAAAAACUUACAACCCACCAAAUAAGUAUAUGUCCUUCAAUACGUUUAACAUAACUCUUUGGAUCCCAACCACCUUUUAAUAUUUCUAGAAGCACCUAAAGUAGGAAUAGAAGCUAGCCAGCUGAAAAUCUGCUAGAAACAAGAAGUAUCUGGUUUUGCAAGUCAUUUUGGCUACGACUGUUUAAAAGAGGGACCAAAAAACAUAUUUAAUAUCUAUCAAAAUAUGAAAAUGUUUCAGAUGACAAGAAGGUAAUUAAGUCUCAUACUGUGAAAAUAAAUCUGGCUGGUCUUAUGGUAGCAAGCAUGAAUUGUCCCUGUUGUUAAGUAGAGUCUGCCCUGGUUUUGCAUUUGAAUGGGAGACUACAUGUGUGAGCACCAUAAGAUAUUUCCCUUAGGGGAUGGGGCCACUCUGAGAAGAGCAUCUGAGGUUCCAGGUUCGCUCUGUGGCAUCUCCAAGAGAGGGCUGAGAGAGAGUCUGUCCUGCCUCCAGUCUUGGAGAAACUGCUGCCAGUCUAUGUAGACAGUACCAACCUAGAUGGGCCAAGGGUCUGACUCGGUAUAAGGCAACUUCCCUAUGUUUCUAAAAGUAUAAAUGCCAGCAUUAUGUUUGAACUUUUUAAUACAAAAUUUGAAAAGAAAAUAUUCUUAAAUAGGGAGGAUUUCACAAAUAAUAGGGUGCAUCUGAAAUGUCAUAUUGCUGUAAUUCGUGAAAUGUUCUUGUAUUCUGUUUACAUUAAGACUUUGUUUUUGUUUUUUCUAUGAUUACUUUUUAGGAGAGUAAAAGUCGCUUAAAGUAGUAAUUGUUAUACAUUCAAACUUUUAAUAAGUAACUAGCUCCUCUUCGAAGUAGCUGAAGUUAUAAACUCAAGGACCAAGGCUAGGCAACAACAUCCGUGGGCCUAUACAUUUACUAGCUUUGUAUGAAGUACUUUAUAACCUCCAAACUACAGCAAUUUAUUGAAACUGUCUCCAAGACUGUGUCAGCGGGACCAUUUUCUAAAUCUUUGUAAUUCUGAUAUCGGUAGGCAUUAUGGACACACAUUUAUUUGCACCGGGGGGUGGGGGACAUGAGAACAUUGAACCAUUAAUUUAAAAGUUUUUAACAAUAUUUUUAAAAAUAUUACAAAUGUAAAAUCAGACUGGGGUAGUUUGUUUAUAUAUUGCAUCUAGCAUUACUACAUUUCUAAAAGCUUUUUAAAAAGCAAUUAGGUUUGGAGAAAAAUUAGUGGUCUCCUAAACAAUCUGUUUCAAGACUACUUUCCUACUGCUAUACCCAAUGUGGGUCACUGCCUAAAGACAGAAUAAGCCUCUAGUUGGACCAAUAGCCUUUGCUGAUAUGAUAAUACUUAUUUCCUAAUUGUGCUGCUUGAUGAGGAGAUUAAUGGGUUAGACGUCAGUGGAAGUUAAAUCAAUGCUAUACAUUCCAUAGCAAUCAGUGCUGCUUAAUCAAGUCUUCGGUGUUUUGAGGAGAGAGAAAAUAUGCUGGUUUGGGGGACAAGUUUCUAAUGCUGUAUCUUUGGGUUCUAUUACACACCAUGUGUUGUACUGAUCAAGCUAGAAAUCCUGGAACAAACAUGGUUUCUAAUACAGAUGUAUCUCUUUUUCACCAGGUUUCUGUUGUGUAUAUGUACAUAGACAAUUGUUUUUCAUGAUUAAGGAAACUAUUAACAAUAGUUAAAACAGGAACAUACUUCAGCUAUUUGCAGCCAAGUCCUUGAACUUGCGGUGCCAGGAAGUAAAUUCUUUGGAUGACAGCAGUGUACUAGCUGUUACACCAAUGCAACAUCCUAAGCUAUGAUGUCAAGUUGGCAUUGCAUUUUAGGAUUGGAAUGUAAAUGUGUGCUGAAACACUUCAUUUCAUUGUCUUUAUUGAAAUAAUAAUUCAAAGAAUGUUAAUUUUUUGUAUGAUGUCUCAAGUUUAUACAGUCUGUACCUGAUAUCAGUAAUAUUCACUAAUUUCCUAAAGGAAAUACCUCACUUUGAGCAAUCUCUUUUUGUAACUGUCAAGUGGGUAGAAUUCUGGUGUCUUUGUUACUGAUUGUAAAGUGCUAUAUACUGAACCAAGCCAAGGAACAAAAUAAUAAUGGCUUUUAUGAUUUACCAUUAUGAGACAUGCUGAUUUCCUUAAAUUUGGUGUUUGUUUAUAAAAAUGAUCUAAGGGUCUCCUUUCAAGGUUUUAAUUAUGCACUAUGGAAUCACUGCUCAUUUUGUCUGAUUGGAUUCUUUUUCUUUUGAUGGCUUACUGUAAACCGACUUUUCAGUGUGGAGACAAAUUAAAAGAAGGAUGAAAAUGCAAAA